GGUGUGAAUUUACUUCCUCAUUCAAUAAAAUAUUUUGAUGAAUACUAGACUUAAGUGUUACAAAUCAAUUGCAAUUUGAUUUUUCAAUAUAAUAGUGAAACAUAACCUCAAAGUGCACCCGGUUUGGUAAAAAAUAAUUCACGUAAAUUUAUAUCUAUCAAUGGGAUUUUUAGAAGAUACUCUUAUUAUUGUUAUCUCUCAGAUUUUCUUCUUCGUUGGAGGAUGGGUGUUCUUUGUCCAAAAGUUGUUCAGAGACUAUGAAGUUCAUCACCGCCUUGUACAACUCAUCUUUUCAGUAACCUUAUCAUUGUCAUGCACUUUAUUUGAGCUCAUAAUAUUUGAAAUUGUUGGCUACCUAGAUUCAAGUUCCAGGUAUUUCCAUUGGAAUUUAGCUUUAUACCUGAUUCUCUUCAUGGUAAUAGUGAUUCUACCAUUCUACAUUGGCUAUUUCAUCAUGAGCAAUGUUUCAUUUGUUAGACAAAAACUUAUUCGACCCUUGACCAUUCUGAUAUGGUGUGUAUACAUCUACAUAUUCUGGAAACUAGGUGACCCAUUCCCAAUUCUGAGUCCAAAGCACGGGAUUUUGUCUAUUGAACAAGGUAUAAGCAGGAUUGGAGUUAUUGGAGUGACCGUGAUGGCCCUCCUCUCAGGCUUCGGUGCUGUCAACUAUCCCUACUCCUCGAUGGCUUACUUCAUGAGGCCUGUGUCUCCAGCUGAUAUCCAAUCAACAGAAAAGCGCUUGCUGCAGACAAUGGACAUGAUCCUGGUGAAGAGAAAGCGCAUCGCCCUCGCCAAGCGGGGAGUUUCCGACACGGGACAGACCAAGCCUUCCCACGGGUUCUGGGGCAUGCUGAAGACAGUCGCGGGCUCAGCUACGACGGAGAACGUGUGGCAGCUAAAGCAGGAAGUGUUGGCGUUAGAAGAGUUGAGCCGACAACUGUUUCUUGAAGUGCACGACAUGCAGAACAUGAGAGAACGACUGGACUGGGCAAAAACCUGGCGAGGGAAGUACUUCAACUGUCUCGGCUACUUCUUCUCACUUUACUGCAUGUGGAAGAUUCUUAUUUCCACCAUCAACAUCGUGUUUGAUCGUGUUGGCAAGAAGGAUCCAGUUACUCGAGGAAUGGAGAUAGCUGUUCACUGGAUAGGCAUCAACAUCGACGUCGGCUUCUGGUCUCAACACAUAUCCUUUUUCCUCGUCGGAUGUAUUGUGGUCACUUCUAUACGAGGUCUUCUUCUAACCUUAGCAAAGUUUUUCUACGCAAUUUCUAGCAGCAAGUCCUCAAACAUCAUUGUAUUGAUCCUUGCACAAAUCAUGGGGAUGCAUUUUGUGUCAUCCGUUCUGUUGAUGCGGAUGAACAUGCCUCCCGAGUACAGGAUAAUCAUCACCCAGGUUUUAGGGGAUUUACAGUUCAACUUUUACCACCGAUGGUUCGACGUCAUCUUUCUAGUCAGUGCUCUUUCAUCAAUAGGAUUCUUGUACUUGGCACAUAAACGAGGACCAGUUGACAAAUGCUGAUAAUUUUGCAUUCAUACAAUAUUUUACUUGUGCAUAUGUAUACAUGUGAAUAAUAUUUAUACAAUUCUU